AUGGCGGCCAUCACAGAGUUCCAGAAGAUGGGUACUGGUCUGGUCGGAUUCGGUUUAUUUUUCCUGCUUAUUGGUGUGCUGCUGUACUUUGACUCUGUCUUGUUGGCCUUUGGGAAUAUCCUGUUUCUGUUGGGUUUGACAUUCAUCAUCGGCUUCAGAAGGACAGCCCAAUUCUUCUUCCAAAGACACAAGUUUCGAGGUUCUUUCUUCUUUCUUGGAGGCGUGUCUCUGGUGUUGUGCCGUUGGCCAAUCAUUGGAAUGUUGGUGGAGAGUUACGGCUUUGUGCUUUUAUUCAGGUAA